AUGGAGCUUGUAGGCUCUACUUUAACGGCUACUUAUGCCCACCCUCAGCCAGCACCAACCAGUUUCCUACCAGCCCUUGGUACCGUGACAUCAAGCUAUCGGGACCGCUUUCCCCAUCAUAAUUUGACACACAGCUUGAGCCUUCCAUGGAGACCGAACACGUACUACAAAACGGCCUCCAGCUACCCAACGUUGUCCCCUUACUGCACGAGAGCUCAGAGGGUGUGUGAGAGCACCAUGCUCCCCUUCGUGUCCAACAGAACCACCCUCUUCACGAGGUAUACUCCUGAUGAUUGGUAUCGCUCCAAUUUAGUCAACUACCAAGAGUCCAAUAGCUCACGGCAUAAUUCAGAGAGAUUCAGAGUGGACACAUCUCGCCUCAUUCAAGACAAAUACCAGCAUAUCCGGAAGGUCCAGGUUGACACUACCCAAAACUUGGGAGAACGUGUCAAUGACAUAGCAUUUUGGAAAUCUGAAAUCACACAUGAGUUGGAUGAAAUGAUUGGAGAGACAAAUGCACUUACUGAUUUGAAGAAAAGGCUGGAGAGGGCUUUGAUGGAGACGGAAGCCCCUCUGCAGGUUGCCCGAGAGUGUCUCUUUCACCGCGAGAAGAGAAUGGGAAUUGACCUAGUUCAUGAUGAAGCUGAGAAAGAACUGCUGACGGAAGUUGAUGGCAUUCUGUGUUGUCAAGAAAGAAUGAGGCGACAUCUGGAUAAGGCGAUUGCUCAACUCGCCUCAGACAGAGCAGCCCAGCACGAGCUGGAGAAGGACUUGAGUGAUAAGCAAACAGCCCUCCGGAUUGACGGGAAAUGCAAGGACCUGCGCAACACUUCGGAGGGCGUCAGCUACUUCCGGGGAGUGGAGAGAGUCGACGCAACGGUGUCCGUGCCCGAGUCAUGGGCCAAGUUUACAGAUGACAAUAUUCUCCGCUCCCAGAGUGAGAGGGCAGCCUCCACCAAGUUGAGGGAUGACAUUGAGAACCUUCUGGUUGUAACAGCCAAUGAGAUGUGGAACCAGUUCAACAAAGUGAACUUGGCUUUCACCAAUCGCAUUGCCGAGACUGCAGACGCUAAGAAUAAGAUCCACGUUCACUUAUCAAAGACCCUGCAGGAGAUCUUCCAAAUUGAAAUGACUAUAGAAUCCAUCAAAAAGGCCAUCAAAGAAAAGUCUGCCUUCCUGAAGGUGGCGCAGACCCGGCUGGAUGAACGAACAAGGAGACCGAACGUAGAGCUCUGCAGGGACACGGCUCAGUUACGCCUUGUUAACGAGGUCUACGAGGUGGACGACACCAUCCAGACUCUGCAGCAGCGCCUGAGGGACUCAGAGGACACCCUGCAGUCCUUGGUCCACACCAAAACCAUCCUGGAGCAAGACCUGGCUGUGAAAGCCAACACCCUGUACAUCGACCAGGAGAAAUGUAUGAGCAUGCGCAAAAGCUACCCAAAUACCCUCCGGCUGGUUGGCUUCUGCUAG